AUGGAACACGAACUGCGGCACUGGCUUCGCUUGUGCAUGUUCUUCGGUAUUUACCAGCGACAACCUAAGCCAGCGUUUGCUGUGGCGAGAGGCGCACUUACUCUGCCAACGGAAACUCACAGCUGCCGGCGCAGCGCCCACAGUGACAAGCGCCGCCUGCUGACGCUAUCGCAUUGUCACCUCUGCCUCAUAGCGCUGACGCUUUGCCUGGGCUACGUGCACGGCCUACGCCGCUGUGGCGGUCUGCCAACGCUGAUGCUCACUUGGGUGGCCAGCGUCAUACUCUUCAGCUUGCAAGUGCUCACCAAUCUGCUGAUAAUUAUGGAAACCGUACGCCGACGUGCGCAACACGCCGCCUUUUUGCAGACACUCGCGGCCAUUGAAGACGCACUCAAGCUGCGUUUGCGUGUGAAUGUGCAAAAGCGGGCGCUGCUGCACGAAUUGCGCUGCCUGAUCGGCUGUUUUGUGUUGUGCUCACUCGUUUGUCUGCUGCUCUUCAUUAUCAGCACGCAUUGGUUGAACUACAUUGGCUUCUUCUGGCAUGGAUUCUGGUCCAUACUAACAAUGCGUGUACGUAUUAUACAAUUGUUGUUGUACGUACGCAUCUUGCAACACUAUCUGGAGUGUCUCUACGCGACAUUGCGUGAAAUUGUGGCCUACCGCUUGGCGCCGGAGGAGUUGCUGCUCGAUAUCAACUACGUUAGAUUGGCUUCGUUGGAUUCGCUGUUGGCGGUCAAGGAGAUUUACACGCUCAUUUAUCGCGCGUUUCAUAUGCUAAACUACUUUGCCGGCUGGUCACUCUUUGGCAUUGUCAAUUGUUAUAUGUUUGAUGUGAGCUGCAAUGUCUAUUGGACGCUGCUAAGUUUGGAUGGCUAUCAGAAUAGGCGCUACUAUUACGUGGCGGGACCGGUGGCAUUGCUACCGUUGCUCGCAAUCGUUUGCUAUUUGUGUUUUCUAUGUGAAAGAUGCCAGGAUUUGGCGCGUCGCAUCGCUUUCCUACUAAAUAAACUAAAAAUAGCGCGUACCAAGCAGUCACUGACGCCAUAUCGGCUGGUCUUGCAACAACUUUCCGCACAAAUACAAGUACAACAAAUCGAAGUAACGGCACAACACUUCUUUGUCUUGGAAUUGCGUCUACUGAUGACCGUAAGUGACAUAAAUCUGUGGUCAUAA